GGUCACAUGGCAUCAUGUAUGGUGCGCAGGUACGAUGUUGUUUUGUGUGAUCCGUCGUAUAUAUAUUUUUGAUGCAAACAAAAGCCACGAGAAUUAAACGUAAAAAGUAGCCUGUAAUGCUGUAUUGUUUGGCCAGACGCUAUUUCAAUACAUAUUUGUCAUUUAGCAAGAAAAUAAGCACCAGGGUGGAAAUCAAGGGGACAGAUCUUUCUGGAUGAUCUUGCUGACGUUUUUUGGAAUAAAGGAAUGUAUCCUGGUGUACGAUGGACUAUGAAGAGGCUCACCAUGAGCUGGUUAAGUGUGUCGUCGUGGGAGAUACUGCUGUGGGUAAAACGCGCCUUAUCUGCGCAAGGGCCUGUGACACGCGGGUGACACUAGAACAGCUCAUAGUGCCGCAUGUACCAACAGUCUGGGCCAUCGAUCAGUACCGCAUACAAAGACAGGUAUUGGAAAGAUCAUUCCAGACAGUAGAUGGUAUUUCUUGUUCACUCAGACUUUGGGAUACAUUUGGUGAUCAUGACAAAGAUCGUCGUUUUGCUUAUGGAAACUCAGACGUGUGCUCCUUUGUUUCUCCAUCGCAAAUACCCGCUGUCGCUACGGCAACGUUAAGCAAUCGUGCCUGUACAAGAGAUUCGGGCGCUUCUGUCCCACACGGCCCAUCGUACCUCGUCGGCUGCAAGAGUGGUCUCAGGCACAUGUGGAAGGAUGAGCAGCCUACAGCUUUCACCCACAAGCGUGGACCUUUAAUCAGGCGUGUCCGGGAGGCAGACAUACUCCUUCCCGAGCAGGGAAGACUGGUUGCGAACGAGAUAGGUGCACCGUAUUACGAGACCAGCGCAUACACGAUGUUUGGCGUGCACACCCUAUUUGAGAACAUCGUUCGUGCGGCGUUGUGUAGUCAGCGACGUCACGGAUUCCUCAUGUCGCAUCUGAAACGAGUGCAGAAUCCGUGGAUACAGGUGCCGUUCUGUCCUCCCAAGCCUGAAGCUAAGACUGUCGUGAUCCCCAAGGAUUCGUUGCUCACCGACGAUCUACGCAUGCUCUAUGAACACAAGCCUUACUGUGACGUUCUGUUCCUCGCACAGGGAACGCCCAUCCCCGCUCACCGCUUUCUCCUCGCCGCCUCGUGCCAGACCUUCUACGAUCUGUUCACGAUCGAUCUAUCCGACGUUCUUCCCGAGGCGUUUGUGCAGACGUGCGCGCGUCCGUCCCCCAUCGUCUGUCACAAGUUCAACUCGGACAAGGAGCAGCUGAUAGAGAGUGACAGCAGUUCACAGACGGAGUCUGACGCAUCGUCUACGCAGGGAUUCAGCGCGCUCGCUGUACGGAAGAUAGUCAAUCAUCCUGCUUUCGAGGAGAUUGAGGUGCGAUACAGCGUCGACGUUCCCAUAGCAAAUCUCCAUCUAGUCAUAACGUUGAACGACGUUCUCAGCGCGGAAAUAUUCAGCAUGUGUCUGGCAUACCUUUACCUCGGUGACGUGCGGAAACCUGCAAGCGCUCACACGAUGUCUCGGCUCGAGAAGGCCGCGUACCUGCUGAACAUAACUGAACUGUCGUCUUCCAUUGAGAACAUGCACAACCGAGAAGAGUUCCUCAAUCUAUCCAUAAAGACUCGCUUCCUGGAAAAACAAAAGGAACAGUUGCGGCAGCUCUGUCUGGUUGAGAACCACUUCUCUGAUAUCACGUUUCAGUUGGAUGAUGGUACUUGUUGUGCACACAGGGCUCUGCUCAUGGUUCGUUGUGACAUGAUGGAUGCAAUGCUAGGUGGCACUUUCAAAGAACGACAGGAGAAAUUGAUCCCUCUGCCUGGUGUGGACCUCGCUUGCUUCCGAGCGUUUCUGGAGUACAUAUAUACAGACAGCAUAUCAUCGGUGGGCGUCCUGGAGCCGGUAGAGCUGAUGGCCCUCGCCAACAGGUUGUGUCUGCCUCACCUGCUCGCUCUCAUCGAGCAGGCGGUGACGCGUGAGCUGGGAGCCGCCAUAUUGGGAGAUGAGAGGGACGUCACCGAGGAUCUCGUCACGUUGCUCGAACCUGCACAGCUGCACAAUGCCAAGCAGCUGGCAAGAUGGUGUCUCGUUCAACUCUCUAUCAAGUACAACGAACUGACAAGGUACAACAAGAAGGCAUUACAUAGUCUACGGCCAGGAAAUCUCGCAUAUCUCAACCUCAAUCGGUGGCCACCUGUCUGGUAUCUCAAUGAGGUAGAGCACUAUCAGAAAUGCAUGCGGGACAAUGCAGCACUGAAGCUUAAGCUCUCCAAGCAUCGCUCUGGCAGUGGCUGCCUGUGCUUCCAUAAAGGCGAUACAAAUUUGACACCUAUGACAGCCCGCACUAGAUCAGCACUCUCCAAGAAACUCAGGCAAUUCUCAAUCAGAACAGGCAGCUUCAAGUUUAGUUUCUUCCCCAGGACAGUACCAGUUUGGAACUCUUUACCAGCACUAGUUGCUGAGGCUCCCUCCUUAGUAUUCUUUAAGGGGGAGCUGUCACGUCAUUCAUUCUGAAGUCUUUUGGUCCCCAUUUGCCCAGUAAGAAGGCCUUGAGCUAGGCCGGCAGGGAAGCACUUUCCUGGUACCGCCACGGAAGCUGGAUUGGUCUUGGGUAGAUGACCAAAAAAGCAAAUGGGUCAUCUCCUUUACUUUAUUCUUUAAUCAUUUACCUUACUUAUUUAUUCUUGGUCAUGUAAUUCUUAUUUGUAAAUGUUCUUUUUCUUGCGCCCACCGGAAACCGUUGAGUAAUUGUCAAGAGUGACAGAUCAACGUAACCAUAUAGAUGUAGAUAUAUAUAGCGAUAGGUGACAAAUUAUUUCUCUGAAUGCAGUUAUUUGGUAACUGGUUAGGUUUUAGCAUAAUGAUGAUAAAUUGUUGGAGCUUAAUAGGUGUUAACUAAGAAGUAAAAGAAAAUAUAACCGAGCUCGCUCGCAUAUUUAUGGGAAUGAUGGUGGAAGAAAUGGUAGCGAGUACGUCUUCUGAAAACCAUUCAUGAUUUGUUUUCUUGUGGGAUUCUUGCAAGUACACAGUAAGGCCAGCAGUCCUUACUGAAUUUACUGAGCCAAAUGUGUACCCUGCUAUUGUAUUUUGUUACUACUCUAGUCAACAAGAUUAGCUGCUAAAUAUAUCAUUAAUUUCACAUGUGAUAACUCAAGUUACCAAAGCCAUUAGAAUACUUACUUGUUGACUGGUUACUUAACAAUUUGUGUUGUAAACUUUUGUUGCCAUCUGCAAAACCAGACCUCACAUUGUUUCCCAUGCAUUUAUAUAUGAACCUGGAUAUUAGCAAUCAAAGUUCCCUAGUUUUUCUCUUCUCUCGCAAGACGUUUUGAACUGCACCAAGUAACAUCUACCAGAAAUACUGUACAUAACGUGUGUCACGACGUGUGUGUUGCGUGGUGUUAGUUCAAUAUCAUUGUAGCUGGAGACAAACCCGUAGGCAUGUCAGUCAUGUCUUAAACAAAACAUGGGAAAUCAAUCAUUUUCCUCAAACACUAUUAUCUGUUAUUUACUGCCUAGCGAUCGAUGUUUCAGCCAAUAAUGCAGUCAUAUGGUUGAUGCAUAAAUUUAUAGAUAGUAAGGUUCAUACAUUUGUGAAAAUUUGAAGUGCUAAGAAAAUGCAGUGUGUAACAGCUGAUAUUUUACAGGAGCAAUGUGUACUUAAAAUUAAUCUGAUGCACUAAAUCCUUUACGUUCGACAAGCCUGACAUGAUUGAACUUAUUUGAAUAAAUGUGCAGCAUCUCACGUUAUUAUAUCUCUUGAUAUUGCGUACAAGAAAUAAGCAUAGCGUCUGUGUGUAGGGCAGUGAGACAUAAUUCAGUGAUGUGUGCUAGUAGUUAGAAAAACAAUUACCAAAUUGAUUUAUAUAUUUUCUGAUUGUGUGUCGAGUUUUAACACGUGCACCAAUCUUAGCAGUGCAAAAACAUGCAUUACUGAUUGUUUAAAUGUUCAAAAUGUGUCUUAAUGUAUGGUUUCAUGGACAAAAAGUCAUAAAUCUAGUUACACAGUUUUAAAUGGAAUGCAACUAUUUGUCUCUAACGCAAUAAGCUUAUAAGGCAAUCGUUUAAUAUGUGUGCAAUACAAUACUGUGUUAAAAAUUGGAAACCCAAAAAUAUUCUGUACCCAAUAAGUAUAAAUAUGUGGAAAGUGAAAUGAUUAAUGAUAUACAAAUCCUGCAGUAAAUACGCACUUAAUUAUAUACCAAGGAUGCUGGCACAUAUACUUUCUUAUGGCAAAUGUUUAGGGGGAAAUGCAAGUAAACCAUUAUAUAACAGGUUAAACUAACUUUCUAUUUAUAUUUUAUAUGCAUACCAUUAUUUUGUGCUACCAUGUGUUUUUAUCUAUGUUUUUUAUUGCAAUAUGUAUUUUAUGUAUUACCUACAUUGUAAAACUGACCACGUGUAUUUUAUUUUGAUAUUGUGCUUAUCUCUGAGUGCACUCUGGAAAACUAGUGAACCAUUGUAUAGACAUAAUGUAUUUAAUAUUGGUAUGCUUUGCUUUAAAAGCUUUGCAUAUGUUUUCAAUUAUGCAAUAUCCACAAUAAAACUACUUGCAAUAUUAAUACUAAAA